UAAUGAUAACGAAUACAACACGUUAAGUUAGGUAGCUAUUAUAAUAAUAACUUAUAUUGGGACAAGAGACAUACAAUAAUAUUGAUCAAAAUGAUUAGGACGUUUCUUUGUUUCAGUUGUAUGAUUAUAUAUUUCCAUUUAACAACAGCCGCCACCGAUAAUCCAAAUAUGCGACUCCUCCUGAGGACUGUUAGUAAUGUCAGUGGAAUGAUGGUGCAAGAUACAGAAGACGCUCCAAUUCUAGAAGCUUCCCUGUGUCAGGUGUAAAACACCCAUACACGGGACACUUAUCCAAAUCCCAGUUAUCUCAAAAGGAAACGUUGAAGAAUAUUACAGAAUGCGACCCCAAUGCAGGUAUCACAUUAACCUGUGCAGGGGACGAGAUGAUUGCAAUACAUUCCCUACAAUAUGCCUACCACGUCCGUUGUGAUGGAACAUGUUGUAAUACCUAUACAAGUACGGACUGCUUUGCUGAUGCUGGUGAUACAGACAUUCAAGGCAUCCGUCGUGCCUGCUCAGGCAAGUCAUCCUGCAACGCACCAACACCUCCAGGCAAAAUAGACUUCACUACCUGCUCAUUAGGUGUACAGGACAUUUCUUAUAUAUUUCUACAAUACUUUUGCAUUCCAAAGGAAAGGAUAUCUUCCAUUUGUUCAAACGGACAAACGCUUACGUCAGACGAUGCUCCACUCUAUCUGACAAAUGAGAAUUAUCCGAGUGUAACGACCGGAAGUGCAUCAUGUUCCUGUUCCCUUGAAGUAUUCUCCUGCUCUUCCAGUGUUAACAUGUACAUAAUGGACGCAGAUCUGUACUUAGAUACAAAUUCUUGCUACCAGACCUUAGAAUUUCUAGAUGGAUAUGAUAAAACACUGUAUACGAUUGGUUGUGAAAGUCACUACUCGAACCAAAUAGAAAACAACACGGCGAAUAGCCAUUAUCUAAAAAUAGAUUUCAUCAAUAACAGUACGUCAAACCAAGAAGGAUAUUUUUUCAUUGGCCUCGAAGCUUCAGAGUCUGGAGCAUCUUUCAAGCUCAGCUGCAACUAUGAAGAAGAAACAUGGUGUGUCGGAUGUGGUGAUGUACCAGUGAUCGCGAAUGGAAAUGUAGAACUCAGCAAUGUGAACGAUUCCUCCUACGAAGCAGCAGCAAAUGUUAUCUGUGAUUCUGGUUAUGAAACAAAUACACCUACUAUAAAUUGCCUUGCUAAUGGUACAUGGCCUGAUCCUGUUUGUACAGAGAAAGCCGCCUGUACAGCAAGUCAGUGGAGAUGUACUAAUGGAGACUGUGUAUUAGCCAGUCAGAGAUGUGAUAAUAUUCCCGACUGCACGGACCAGUCUGAUGAAGAAAACUGUGGUGCUCCGGUCUGUCCAGAAGGUCUAGAAUUUUGCCCCCAUGAUAACGGAACCGACGUUUGUGUCGACAAAGCAGUUGGAUGUAACUGUGGCACAGUUCCGUCGAUACCAAAUGGAGUAAUAAUAAUUGAAGACAAUUCAACAAUUGGGUCCGUGGCUAACGUUACAUGUAAUGAAGGUUACAUUCCGAGUAAACAAACUGUUACGUGUCUGACUACCGGUUCGUGGGAGACUGUGUCUUGCACUGCUAUAGACUGUGGGACACUGCCAGCAAUUUCUUCAGGAAGAUACGAACUAGUCGGUUCCAGUACAACAUUUGGAGCUUCGGCUAGAGUCAUAUGUGAUGAAGGGCAUACAGCUGAUAAACAAAGUGUAGAUUGUCAGUCCACAGGGAUAUGGGAAUCCGCUGUCUGCACGUUGGCAGAUUGUGGAACAGUACCGGACGUAGUCCAUGGUAAUGUAACCCUUAACAAAGACAACAAUACGACGUUUGCAGCUACUGCUUCUGUAGCAUGUGAAGAGGGAUAUCAACCAGCUAAAGUCUCAAUAACUUGCCAGGCUUCUGGAGAGUGGGAAACGCCGUUGUGUGAAACUACCGUUAAAAGCACACCUUCAUAUGGUGGAUCUAAGGAUGACAAACCAGCAUUUAACCUUGUGCUUAUCAUCGUCCUUGUAAUACUGAUCACGUUAUUCCUUGUACAACUCGGAAUUAUGUGUUUUUUUCAAUGCAAGAUACAUAGCAUACGCAGCAGAGCAUCAGGAGGAGAUUCUGAAAUUUCCAAAAGGAUAGGUAUGACUAUUUUGGGGAGUAUUCCAGUUUUAGGAGCGAUACCAAUAUACAUUACCUGGAAGGUGUUUUACAGAGACGUGUAUCAAGGUGAUUUCUCUUUACUAAGGUUUAAUAUUCAACAUUAUGCUCAGGACCCGGUUGUUUGAAACUUUAACCGCCUG